UGCCGGGCUCGAUGGGCUGCAGUCAGAGGGGAUUGCAAGGCCAAUAAAUAGCAGGGCCUUGGGGCAGGCAGGAAUGGAUCUGCACCUGUCAGAGAUGCUGGUCGGAGCCAGCCUCUCCCCAGGAACUCGGCGUGCCGCGCGAGGGAGCCGCUGGAGGAGACCUUCCCUCUCUUGCUGCCUGUGACUCGUGAGUAGGUGACUUUGGCCACCCCGGGCACAGCUGGAGCAGGACUGGGGGCGGCAUGGCUUGCUGCGUGCUGCAGAUCACCGGGCUGAUUUUCGGCGGCGUGGGCAUGGUGGGCACCCUGGCAGCCACGGCCAUGCCCCAGUGGAGGGUGUCCGCCUACGUGGACGGCAACAUCGUGGUGUUCGAGACCAUCUGGGAGGGGCUGUGGAUGGACUGCAUCAGCCAGCUGGGCAUCAGGCUGCAGUGCAAGCUCUACGACUCGGUGUUGGCGCUGCCGCCGCCGCUGGAGGCCUUCCGGGCCCUCAUGUGCCUGGCCGCGGGGCUGGCCGUCGUGGCUUUCCUCGCGGCCAUCGCGGGGGUCAAGUACAGCCGGCGCGGCACGCGUGGGCCAGGGGCCGUCAGCAUCUUCAUCCUGGCCGCCGGGACUGCCUUCCUGCUCACGGGCACCCUGGUACUGAUCCCGGUCUCCUGGACCGGGGCCAGCAUCAUCCGCGACUUCUACGACCCCGAGGUGCCCGUGCCGCUGAAGCGGGAGCUGGGCGCUGCCCUGUACGUGGGCUGGGGUAGCGCUGCCCUGCUGCUGGCCGCGGGGGCCAUGUACUGCCACUGCUGGUGCCAGGCCGGCACGGCCGCCGGGCCCAGCUACCCCCGGCUGGCCCGGGCAGGGCUGCCCCGGGAGGAAGGGCCGGCCCUAGGCGUCCAUGCCUACGUGUAGCCGCUGCCCGCGGUCACCAAGAGCUCUGGGCUGCGCAGGACCUUAAGGAUCAUCUAAUUGCCAGGGUCACAGACACCUUCCGCCAUCCCAGGUGAUUCCAGCCUGGCUUUGGACACUUCCAGGGAUCCAGGGGCGUCCUGUGAUCUUCCUGCUUGACGCGUGCUGACUGACUUCUUCAUUUACCUCCAGGUGUAAUGGAGGGGUAGUUUUGCCACUCUGCUGUUCACUGUUGGCUUGGAUCUCUGCUCUGUAAUGCCUGGCAGGAACUGUUCUCACACAGGCGUUUGCUUAGAGCACAGUCCCCAUUUCUCUGGGGAAUGAGGAGUGGCAUGGGGACAGCAGCAGUCAUAAGGCUCUCAAGGAAGAUGAGCAGCCUGUGUUUGGCUGGAAGAAGCUGCUGUGCCACACCCCAGUGCCCUGCCCAGACCCCUGAGGUGCAAAGGGAGCCGGGCAUUUCCCUGGGGAGUGGAGCGUCCCUAAGGAGUGCUCUGGGAGAAGCUUGGAGCUGGCAGCAGGGCUCAGUGAACAGAGAAGCCUCCAGCUUCCAGUGCUGUCACGGAGAUGUUUGUGCCCCAACAGAGGCCUCUGGGACUCUCCAUGGAUUUCUCUGAUGCUUGUGGGGCUAGUGUAUCCUCAUCUCCUCUGCAGUGCAUGGAACAUGGUUCAUGGAACAAAUUUUGAAUAAUUUCCCCAGAGUUUGCCAUGACGGUGCUGGCUUCCCUGCUGCUUGCCACCCCUCAUCCUCGGAGACUCCUCCUGCCCUGCAGGCAGCACCUCCUCCUUUGGAAAGCUCGGUACAGACCGUGCCCAGAAAGCCCUGGUGCUCAUACUAAGUGCAAUUCCCAGGCCAGAGAAUGCACAGGCAGUCCCCACCUGCCCCUCAGAGCAGAGAGCUGCUGCCCACGGCUCCCAGCACGCCCAAAAAGCCAAGCCCAGUUGUUGCUUCAGCUGCUCUGGGCUUGCCAGGCUGCCUUGGGAAUGCAGCCAGAGCAGCCUGAUCCUGUCUGUCAGUCCUGCAGGAUUCAGCAGCACUUGCAGCUGGGAAUUUUAAUGUUCCUAGCUGAAAACCUUGGAGUCUGUGUUUGACUCCAUGGCAUUGAUCAGCGCCCAAAGAAGGCCCAGUUCAGAAGGGUUGUUCUGGUUCUUUAGCCAGCAGUGAUGGAUGACAGCAUUUAAAGGACAGUUUCAUGGCACAGGGCUCAACCUGACCCUCUGCUGUGGCUGGUGUUGAGAAAGGGCUAUAAUGACUGUCUGGGCUGAGGAGAGCAAUGUCUCUGUGUAUUCAUCCGACUGCUCCAUUUGAAAAAGAACACGGAAAGCUGCAUUUAAUUAAAGAAGCCUUUUAUUAACUUGGCUUCAGUUUAUCUUAGAUGAGACAGUGCUGUGCUUCACAGAAAUUCAUUACAUAUAUGAACUCAGGGGCAUUUGCAUUGAAGGCAACCAGCUCAGAUCUUGCAGUGGGAAUUUUCAAGGCCCCACAGAACUGGUUUAAUGUCUCCAGCUCAUAACUCAAGGAGUCAAAUCAGCACUUAUUAAUUCUAAAUGGAAAUUGAAGAAAACAGUCAUAAAUAGGUUUUCCUAGCACUAAACCAUUUUUUUUUUUUUCUGUUGUCUUAGGAAGUCUGUCAUGGCAGCUGUCACUGACAGCUGAUUUCAGUGGAAUCAUUCUGGUGACUUUGGUAAUAAUUUCCAUUACCCUGAGGAACUCCACCUCCUAUUUUGUUGUGAUUUUGUCCUAUAUUGCAUAUUUGGUUUAAUAUGGAACUAGUUGGUGAGUAAGCCAGAAUUGCACACUUUGGAGUAAUUUAGAUAUGACAUUUGUGAUUAACAAACCAGAAGAUGGAGACAUUUGCAAUGCAAAUCUGAUACAUAUUUAUGUGUAGGUGAGGGAUUUAAAUGAUGAUGUAUUCAGUGUAAUGCAACUUUAUGCAGAUGUAAGUGCUUAAGAAGUAAUUAAGUACAGUUUUCUGUAACAUUAAUUAGAGGAUCCUGAAUGCUUCCACUAUCGGUGGACUAAUCUAGGAAGCAAAUUGGAACUGGGUGUGCCAUUUGCACUGGUAACUUUAUUUUCAAAGAGUAGAAAGAUAAAACUGUUUUAUUUGAGCAUUUAACAUCACUUUCAAAGGAAACCUGAGCUUUUUAUGUCUGACAUUAGCACUGGAUGACUACAUAUUUCCCAAUUUCUCUCUUUUACCAGCGGAUCGAAAGAGGAGCUCAGACAACCCUGUACUCAUGUGUGGGCUUGGAACCCAGCCCUGAUUCCAAGGGUAGAGCCACGCUGGGCUGGCACAUCCAGGGGGAUGCUCUGAGCUGACUUGGGAGCUGCAGUCUGGGAACAGGAGCAGGAAAAGGAAGCUGUAAGACUUCAGCAGAAAACCCCGCAGCUGAACUUUGCAACUGAACUGCUGCUGUUGAUGAGUUUUCUGAGGGUCACAGGAGAAGUUUGGCUGGAGGGGACUGAUGGAGGAGCUGGGCCACAUCCCCAUGCCCAGUGCUGCACCUGCUCUGGAAAAUCUUCGGCUCCUGCUGGGCUAUAUCCAGCCAGACCCCGUGCCCAGUGACCCUGAGAGUCCAGGGGGAUUCUUGGAGCUUCUCGGAAUAGCUGAACUGUCCUUCCAUGAGACAGGUGAGGCGAGGAUGCUCAGGAACAGGAGCAAUGCAGUGAGACUUUUCGGGAAGGAGCCAUCUCUGCGCACCUGGAAGCAGGGUGGGAAUGACUGCCCUUUGCUCUGGCAGGAAAGGCCUGGCUGUGGCUUGCCGUGGCCAAAGCCUUGUGUCAGAUUGCUGCAUGCUGCAGCUCUGCUCUCCUGGAGGAGGGCAGGGGGGAAGCUGCCCUGUGCCCAAUAGCCCCAGGCACAGCCUUCAGCUUCCGUGGGCUGCUUGGAAAGAGCUGAUUAAAUACCGUGGUUAAAUCUCUGGUGUAAUAUCCUGGUUGUUUUAUAUGGUUUGGUGAUUGUAGGACUUUGGAAACAAAUGUGUCCAGCUGAGAUCUUGCUGUGCAUUUGAAAUAAACUUGUCAGAAAAAG